UUUUCCAGUGAGGGCUGUUUCCCAUUCAGGUCAGAAAACUAUUUUCAAAUUCUAAGCAUAUUUGGACUUUUUACCUAUGGCUCUUUGGAAAUACUGUAAAAGUAUAUCUAAAUGUAUUGAUUAUACACAUACUUUCCAUUUAUUAGAAAAUUUGAGGUGCCGAGGAAUAAAAAAAAUACCAGAAAAAACAGUAAUAAUGGAUAAAUUUCCAGUAACAUAAUUGAAAAUAAAUUUACAAUUUGCUGCUUGUGAGUAGUCAUGUGAAGUAAGGGGAGCAAAGGGAAGGAAUGAUGAAAGAGCUUCAUAAUUGCAAUGCAAGCUCCACCCUUUUUGUAUGUGCUUCUUGACACUGUACAAAAGGGGCAGAUGCUGAAAGCUUCCAAUUCUGUAGACACCACUAAAAAGCACUGUUGAUGGUACAGUGAAGAAAUUCUUUGUUUUUGAGGACUGUUAUGUUCUGUGCAUGCUAAUAGUGGAAUAUUGUGAAAACAAGCAUUGACAUGCCUUUACAGAAGUUCCUUUGUUACUUUUGGUUUUGUUUGUUUCUUUGUAGCUAUGAUAUGGUACACUAUGGACAUUCCAAUCAAUUGCGACAAGCUCGUGCAAUGGGAGAUUAUCUGAUUGUGGGUGUCCACACAGAUGAUGAAAUAUCCAAACAUAAAGGCCCCCCUGUCUUUACUCAAGAAGAAAGAUACAAAAUGGUGAAGGCCAUCAAGUGGGUAGAUGAGAUUGUUGAGGGAGCUCCUUAUGUCACAACACUGGAAACUCUGGAUAAAUACAACUGUGACUUCUGUGUACACGGGGAUGACAUCACACUAACUGCAGAUGGCAAGGAUACUUAUGAGGAAGUGAAGAAAGCUGGGAGAUAUAGGGAAUGUAAACGGACCCAGGGAGUGUCCACUACAGAUCUGGUUGGCCGGAUGUUGCUUAUGACCAAGGCCCAUCACAGCAACAUUGCUGAAGAGACAGAUUAUCGGAAGCAUGCAGAUAACCUAGGAAAGUGCCCUAAAGGUCACAGUCCCUGGACUGGAGUUUCUCAGUUUCUGCAAACAUCUCAAAAGAUCAUCCAAUUUGCAUCUGGCAAGGAGCCUCAACCUGGAGAUACCAUAAUCUAUGUGGCAGGCGCCUUUGAUCUUUUUCAUGUGGGUCAUGUGGAUUUUCUGGAGAGAGUGCACCAAAUAGCAAAGCAUCCUUAUAUCAUUGCUGGGCUGCACUUUGACCAAGAAGUGAAUCACUAUAAGGGCAAGAACUAUCCCAUAAUGAAUGUGCAUGAACGAACUCUCAGUGUUUUGGCCUGCAGAUAUGUUUCUGAAGUAGUGAUUGGAGCUCCCUAUUCAGUCACCGCCGAUCUGCUCGAUCAUUUCAAGGUGGAUCUUGUGUGCCAUGGAAUGACUGAGGUGGUGCCUGACAAGGAUGGAUCAAAUCCAUAUGAGGAACCUAGGAGACGUGGUAUUUUCCAGCUGGUAGACAGUGGCAACAAUCUCACCACUGAUCUGAUAGUGAAAAGAAUAAUUAAAAACAGGCUGGAAUUUGAAGCUCGGAAUCAGAAGAAAGAAGCCAAGGAGCUGGCUGUAUUGGAGGUCAUGAAAAGAAAGGAGGAAGCAGCCCAACAGGAGAUAGGUUUAAGAAACCAAGAAAGUUAGCAUGGGGAAGAGUACUGCAGAAUCCUCUUCUUCUGGACCAGCAAACUUUCCUGGAGAAUAGGACACUGCUGAAUUAGGCCUGCGAUCACAGUUUUCCUGGCUUAAGUAAAUCAGUUGUCCAUAGGAAAGGGUCAGGUGGAUGCUGCUGUCUAGUUAAUCGAGAAGCAGUGUCUUUCCACUAACCAGUUUAAAUUCUGAUGAAAAUUAGCAAACUUCUAUGAGUUUUAUCUACUGGCACUUUUUACUUAUUGGAACUAGGAAAUUCUCUCAAAUUAUCUUCUAGAAUUUAAACAUCUCACAAUAUCUCUUUAAUUUAUGCCCGCCAGAGAUAAUUUUCAAAUAUAUCAAACCACCCUGUCUGGAUUCAGAGUGCUUUGUAAAGAGCAGUGGUUGCUAAAUGCCAUCAGACGUUGUUCCUUUUCCAGGAAACAAGAUGCAGCCAAACUUGCCACUAUAUUUCCCAGCUAAGUAUACCUGGAAAGAAAGAACUGUAAUUGUAUACACUGCCUUACAUGUGGUGCAUUUGAAGCUCCAUAUUGACCACAAAUUACAUCCUGGAAAAAUAUAUUGUCCCUUGUAUAUAAAUGCUUUGUACUGUACUGCUAAUUUUGGGUGCUUUGGUGAUGAAGCUUACUGCCUAAAGUUUCUUUCUCACACAUGAUGGGGACAAUAGGAGGGCCAUGUAUGAGGAUGGGCUUCAUUCUCACCCAAACAGGCUCUUUUCAAUCUUGAUCUUGUAUAUUUUCAGCCAGGGGUAUUAAUAAAAUCUUAAUAACUAGCAUUUACAGUUGAAGUCUGAAAUUAAGGCUAAAAGGACUGAAAGAAAAACAGUUGAAAUGUAAUGAACCAAAGGUUUAUAUACUAAACAUGUCAGUGCUUGAGGAAUUUCUUUCAUUUGCAGUGUGCUUCUAUAUAGUAAUUAGAAAACACAUGAUUGUUUAUCUCCAUACUAUCUUUAUAUACAUUCUCUAGAGCACUAGAUGACCCCAUUCGUACAAUGUUAGCUGUUAACUGACACUGAUAUAUAUAUAUAUAUUUAUUUAUCAGCAUAAAUAUAGCAUGCAUAUAUAUAUAUAUA